GAUGAUCGCGCUUAUGUUUGGAAUAUAAACACUUGCGAAGUGAUGCUUGAAAUUACGGAACAUAAAGACACCGUCACCGAUGUCCAUUUCAGCUACGAUGGCACUUAUCUAGCCACCGGCGACAUGGCGGGCGAAUUAUUUGUACACAAGUUGCAAGAGAGUGAGUCUGGUCCACAGUUAACGCUGCGCAAAGUGUGGGAAUUCUCGAUGGGCGAUAUGACUUGGAUGUGUUGGCAUCGUGCUGCUAAUGUCCUAAUGGCGGGCAGUGAAAAUGGUGAAGUGUAUGUCUGGCGUAUACCCUCAGGCGAUUGUAAAAUACUACCUGGAGAAGGUGUGCGUUGCGGUGUAGCCGAUUUGACCGGUGAUGGAAAGAGGCUCUUUGUUGGCUAUACAAAUGGUGCAGUCAAGCUGUGGGAUCUAAAGAGUUGCACAGUGGUCAUGGAAGUAGAUGCACAAAAUCCAAUGGCGCAGCAAACGGUUAUAUUGUCGGUGGCGUGUGAAAAGGACUCACCGUUUUACGCCGCCGGAGCAGCAGAUGGUAAAAUUGUUUUCUGCACAAAUAGUGGUCCGGUGGGUGCUGUAGAGGCUGAUGGUUCAGUAGAAUAUUUAGCAUUUCCGCCUUCCAAUGACCUUAAAAUAGUUGCCAGUGGUACAUUGCAAGGACAAAUAGCAAUUUGGGAUUAUACAAAGUAUAAUUUGCGGACAUUAUGCGAUCACACCUUUGUAGAAGGUGACAAUUCCAAUAAAUUUCAGGGUGGCAUAACCCGGCUGAAGUGGCUCAGUGAUCAUACGCUCAUGGCAGCUACAAUGGAUGGCAAUGUGAUUGCUUUUGAUGCGCGUUCUGGCGCACGCAAAUUUACCCUCGAGGGGCAUAUGGCGGAAAUCUAUGAAAUGUGUUAUAAUCCACAUGAAAACAUCUUGUUGACAGUAUCGGAGGAUCAUCGAGCGAAAAUCUUUAAUAUA